GCGGGACCCAGCGGAGAUAGGCGUGAACAAACCGGCGCGAAACGGCGCGAGGCAGUGAGGGUGGUGCGGAGAGUGGUUUCAGAGGUUCAGCGUAGCGACGAGUGAGGUGAAGCGAGUGACGAGUGAAGUGAGUAAAGGGGCGAGUGAGAAACGCGAGGAGUUUGGCCACCGAUCUUGAAAGGUCCAAAGCUCCAGAGUCCAGACAGCCUUUGGAUUCAGUGCUUGGAGUCCAAGGUUCCUGAGUCAGGGAGUCCGGACUGUCCUCAAGUCCCGGAGUCCGGAAUCCACCAGGAGCCGGCGCAAUGGAAGACGGCAGUCAGAGUCAGGCGGGAUCGGACGGACCCGUGGGCGUGCCCCCGCCGCCGCCGCCGCCGCCGCCGCCCCCACCAGCGGCCACCAAUGGGGGAGCGCCGCCCCCGCCCCCGCCGCCGCCGCCGCCCCCGGCCAUGCCGGGAGGCGUGCUCCAACCCCGGCGAAUUCCCACAGAGCUCGGCCCCCGCGCUCCGGUGCAGAGGGCCCCCGGUGAGCCGCCGGCCGUCAUCCAGACCGCGAUGGCCACCAAGGACAAAAAGCCGUUCACCUACCUGCCCGGCGGCAUCGACCUCUCAGAGAUCAAGAGCCCCCGCAUGCAGAAACGCAUUAUGAUGAACGCGAGGAGUGACGGCGUUCAGGGCCCGGCGGUGGCGCAGGCCGCCGCGCCUCCGCCGCCACAGAGGCAGGCCGUGCCCCUGGCGUCCAUACUGACCGCCUCCACCAAACCGGCCCAGCCUCAGCCCCAGGGACAGCGGCCGGGGAUGCCGUCGUCUCCGGUGGCGCCUCAGCCGCCGGAGCGGGUGCAGUCCCAUCGGCCGCAGUUCCGCAACGACCAGGGCGCGCAGAUGGCGCCACCGUCGCUGGCCAAGAUGGCAGCACAUUCGCCGCUGGCCGAGGGGCCGCAGUCCCCUGUAGGAUCGGUGCCGAGUCCGACGUCGCCGCAGACACAGCCGAUCCGGUUCUCUGCCGAGUCGCAGCGCGCCUCGCCGCCGCAGCAGCUCCCGUCUCAGCGGGACGCCUCCCCGCCCACCCCCGCCGCCGAGCGGAUGGCCUCCAACCCGCCCUGGCGAGUCACCAAGAAGCCGGCCACCCCGGACUGCGCCGACGGUGGCGCCCCCUUUACCGGCGCCGGUGGCGCAACCCGCGGCCAGGGCGAGCUCUACAUCCGGCCGGUGUCCAGUGAGCCGGAUCCGGCCGCUCCCGGCGUCCAGCUCCGCUCGGCUCCCGUGCCGUGGCUCAGCGGCUCCCCCACGGUGGCCGAGCCCGCGCCGCAGUUCGCCGCCGCCGCGCAGCAGAUCGAGGCGGCGCGGCAGGGCCGACUGACUCAGAUUCAGAGUCCGGCGCAGAGUCCGGCCGCCGCGGCCAGCCCCCAGCCGCGGUUCCCCCAGCCGCCGGCCGCCCAGGCUGUGAGGCCGCAGGUGGUCCCUCUGCAGUCGCAGUUCAGCCAGGAGGGCCCGUCUCGGCCGAGGAUGGGGUAUACGCAGCAGAUGCUGCAGCAGCACAUGGACCAGGACCAGAACUACCAGCGGCAGCAGCGGCAGCAGCAGCAGCAGCAGCGGCCGCAGCAGCAGUUCCAGCCGCAGUUCCAGCAGCAGCAGCCGCCGCAGAGGCAGAUCUCUCAGCAGGCACAGCCGCGGGAACACAUCAUCUCUAUCCGGCUGGAGGGUUCUCCGCCGAGAACCGCCCCUCAGCAGCCUCAGCAGCAGCCUCAGCAGUCUCAGCAGUUCCAGCCGCAGCAGCAGCAGUUUCAGCCGCAGCAGCAGCCCCGACCGGCCCACCCGGGCCCAGCGAGGCAGCACAGCACCAGCGCGCAGAGGGUGAUCGUCCAGCUGGGGGCCACUGAGGACGGUACCCGGUCCUGUCUGACGUUAGUCCCGUCUUCCCAAGAGGGUGAUCCCGUCCAGCUGGUGGCCACUGAGGACGAGUACCGUCUGUCUGAGUUAGUUCCCGUCUCUGCCAAGAGG